GAAGCGCUUAAACGUCAAGUUCAUUAGUACCUAGUGGCCAGUCUUGGUUGUUAGUUGUUAUUGUACUAGCGUUAGCUUAAGUUUUUAGGUUAAGUUAAAGAUAAUUUUAUAUCGUUUACAUUUUUCAUGGAACACUUAUGUUUCGAUUGUGAUCAUAUUUAUGUGCAAAUAUAAAGAAUUACGGGUAAAUACUUUUUACUUUUUUAAAUAAAUUAUGAAGCGCAUCUCGUUCUGGAAUUGUUAAAAUAUCACCGUGCUAGAACACCUAGGAUUCUGCAUUUCUAAAGCCAUAGCGAAUAAUAAGCUAUUGUAAUUUAUACGCUGAUAAGAAUAAUAACAAUUCAACGAAUCACAUCAUUGUAGUUACAAUUUAGCAGUCACGGUACGUAUCAGCGAGUUCUUAUUAUAUUAUUAUUGUUUGUUUACAAACACUGCUGAUAAAAUGAGCGGAAAUAGUGACGAAGUACCGAUAACAAAUAUCCCGUCGGGAGAAAGAAUUGAAAAGUUAAGUGAACAUUUUUAUAAUGAAUUUGGAUGUCAGCCAGAUUUUUUUGCACGAGUUCCUGGCAGAGUUAAUUUAAUUGGAGAACAUAUUGAUUAUUGCGGUUAUCCAGUGUUGCCUAUGGCUUUAGAACAAGACAUAAUAGUGGCAGCGGGUUUUAUGCGAGAACAUAAAAUUAAUCUACGUAAUACGAAUUGUAAAUAUGAUAAGAUUGAUUUCGAAAUAAAACCAUACAGUGAAAUGAUAAUAGAAAGAUUAGGUUCAGAUGGAAAACCAUUUUGGUAUAAUUACGUACUUUGUGGGAUUAAAGGAGCUCUGGAGCAUUUGGAUAAUAAAGUUAUUAAUGGGGUCAAAUUCUUUAUUGACGGAAAUAUUCCCCCAGCCUCGGGCUUAUCAAGUUCGUCAGCUCUAGUAAGUGCUGUGUGCUUAGCAUUUCUAUAUGCUCAAAAAGCAAUAUUAAAUAAAAUAGAAAUCGCUUCACUUUGUGCCAAAUGUGAGAGAUACAUUGGAACGCAAGGGGGUGGUAUGGAUCAGGCAAUAGCUUUCUUGGCAGAAAAAUAUUGCGCUCAAUAUAUAACUUGGAACCCUCUAAAGGCUACAAAAGUUAUGUUACCAGAAGAUGCUUCUUUUGUAGUAGCACAUAGUUUAGCUGAAGUAAACAAAGCAGCUACUAAUGACUACAAUAAGAGAGUUAUAGAGUGUAGACUGGCUGCUAAAAUUUUAACUCUAGAUUCACAUAUAAAAAUUGAUCAUAAUAUAGUCACUUUAAGUCAAGUACAGAAAUUAUUAAAUAAAAGUUUAGAAGAAAUGGUAAUUCUUGUACAUAAUCAACUACCAAAAGAUAUCUAUGUAAAAACGGAAGUAUGUGAAAUGUUAAAUAUUACUGAAGAGGAAAUGGAUAACUUUUAUUUAACUCCAAAUACGAUACAUUUACACGAGUUUAAAUUAAAACAAAGAGCUUUGCACGUUUAUGGAGAGGCCAUAAGAGUUGAAGCCUUUCGUGGGAUAUGUUCAGAAUCUUCUAUGAACGGGAAACGCAAUGGCUCCACUAACGGCGCAAAUACAUAUUCAACAGACGAAGACAGAGCCGAUGUUUUAAGUAAGUUAGGAGAGCUGAUGUCAAAAAGCCAUGAAAGCUUAAAAAAAUUAUAUGAAUGCUCACAUAAAAAUUUAGAUCUUUUGGUAGACAUAUCUAAAAAAUUAAAUGUUCAUUCAAGAUUGACCGGUGCUGGAUGGGGUGGUUGUAUUGUAGCUCUAUGCCCAAAAGAGAAAGUGAAAGAAUACAUUGAUAAAGUAGAAGAUGAAUUUUACGUUAAGCACUGUAAAAUUGAUAAAGCUAAAGCAAAAUCAUUUGUAUUUGCCACUAGUCCCAAUUACGGAGCUGUAAUUUACACAAAAAAAUAAUGUAUUUAAACACAUUUUAUUUUAUUGCUUGUUAUUUCCUUUAAUACCAUAAUGUUUUUCUUGUCAUUAGUUUAUUAAUAUAAACCACCGAUAAAUACACAUUUUUAUAGUUACCUUUGUAAUACUAUUUUUU